AUGGCGUUCUCAUCGGAUGCGGAGAAUCCGCAGGGAGCUACGCAGCUUCAAAUCAUCGUGGAAGUGCCCGCGAAUGCACGACCUGGAGUGACGAAGUUGGCAGUGGACGUAGAUGAAGAGUCGGAGCUCCAUGUGUUGGUGCCCGCAGAAGCUGCUGUGGGGGAUCGCUUGCGAUUGUCAAAGAUGCCGGAUGGCCCGUGGACAUGUGUGGUUUUGAGGAAGCAGCCACUUCACGACCUGGCCAAUAGAAUCGCUGAACAACCAGGGGAAGAUCUCAACAAGCUACAGUUGCUGGUGCCUGCUGCCGUCAAGCCCGGCCUUACGAAGCUGCAGGUCAGCCUUUCAGCUGGCGAGCAGGUGCAGCUGUCCGUCCCAGAAUAUGCAAGUCCCGGUGACCUCAUUGAGCUGGAGCGGGCUGCUGGGGAGGAGGCUUGGCAGGCGAAAUUCACUCGGGACCAGUACCUGAACGGGGAGGAUGCAGGGAAAAACUUGGCAGUCAUGGCAGAUUUGGGGAAGGUUUCCCGGGAUGCCACGUUGGAUUUGGAGGCUGCGGUGGAACAUCUAUUCAAAGUGGCCAAAGAAGCCGGUUGUUUCGUCAGUCCCAAAAUCAAGCGUGGAUGUGCGCCGCCACUGUACAUCCCUGGCUUGCUUGCAGCGGAAGACAUCCAGGAGGGUGAGGAGCUUUUGCGCAUUCCAGCGCACCUGCAUAUCACGCCUCCUGCGGUUGAAGCAGCUGCUCCGGCACUUGCAGCUGUUGCCAAGAAGUCAGCAAUGCCGGAUCAUCGACGUUCUGAAGCGCUGCACUCCUUCUUCCUCGCCCGGCUUUUGGCCGACUCCCAGGAGAGGGCCUUGGACAAAGCAGCAGAGGGAAAGAGUAUCCUGAGAAGUCAGUGGACUGCCAGUGAGGCACAGCAGAAGGUUUGGGAGGCCUAUGCAGACACGCUUCUGGGCGAGGAUUUCUCUUACCACCCAUUCAGACUUGCAGCCUUCAAUCCUGGCGGGACGCGAGAGGCCAUGCGGCCGUCGCAGGAGGCCGAAUAUUUUAUCGAGAUGGCCACCGACCUCAUGAUGUUACACGAGAGCAUGGUGCGGUCCUGCUGGCACGAAUUGAUCCACCUUUCAGGCGCUUAA